UAUUAUUAUCAUCAUCUAUCGUUAUUAUUGCACUUCCAUUUGGUUUUUCAAUUUUGAUUUUGGAGAUUGCCCCAACUUUAUUUCUUUCGUUCUCUCUGAGUCUGUCUUCUGUCUUCCUCCCCUGUGAUUCGUAUCCUAUCCUAAUCCAUAUCCUGUCUGUCUUCUCAUCAUUAUUCACUCUCAAAUUCAUCAAUUAGAGAUUCAGAUUAAUAUGCCGAGCAGCGACGACCUGCUGGUAUCGGCGCCGGCGCCGGCGUCGGCGUGGAGUCGAGAGCAGGACAAGCUAUUCGAGAAGGCCAUAGCCACGCACCGCCACGACACGCCGGACAGAUGGGAGAAAAUCGCCGCCGACGUGCCCGGAAAAUCCGUCGAACAAAUCAAGCACCACUACUACCUUCUAGAAGACGACGUCCGCCGCAUCGAAUCCGGCUACAUCGACAUUCCUUCUUACACUGAUUGCUCCGACGACGCCGACGCCGACGCCGCCUCCCCUACCAAGAAACCCUCCGACCACAACCUCGCCGGAAAAUCCUCCAAAUCCGAUCAGGAACGCCGCAAGGGAAUCGCCUGGACUGAGGACGAGCACAGGCUGUUCCUUCUAGGUCUGGACAAGUACGGCAAAGGCGACUGGCGGAGCAUCUCCCGGAACUACGUCGUGACGAGGACGCCGACGCAGGUCGCCAGCCACGCGCAGAAGUACUUCAUCCGUCUCAACUCGAUGAACAAGGACAGGCGCCGCUCCAGCAUCCACGACAUCACCAGCGUCGCCGCCGCCGGAGACGUCUCCGCGCCGCAAGGUCCUAUCACCGGCCAGACGCCAGCCGGCGGCGCUCCUCCUCUCGUCGGAAAAUCCACCAAAGCCGGCCCCGCCUCCUCCGCCGCCGGCGCCGGAGUGAGCAUGUACAUGCCGGCGCCGCUUCCGACCAUCGGGCAGCCCGUAGGAGGGCCGCUCAUGUCGGCGGUCGGCACGCCUGUAAACCUUCCGCCGCCGAUGCAUUUGGCGUACGGCGUCGGGAUGAGCAUGGCGUAUCCGGCGGCGGCGCAGCAGCGGUGAUUCGAAUCCGCAAUAAUUGUGAGUUGUUGCUGCAUUUUUGGUAACAAAUUUCGGAGUAAUUAAGGAAAGAGAAAUUAAAUAGAGGUGUAUGUGUGUGUGCUCGGCACAAGACACAAAUAAAAUCAUAUGAUAAAAUAAAAACAUUUUUUAAGGAUUUGGAGACUAUGAUCUCUAUUAAUUAAUCAAUUGAUAAAACUAAUAUACUAAUAACUUUGCUUGUGCAAUUAGUUCAUUGUAACAAGUGGAAAUUGUAAACUAGUGUUGUUCUAAUUGAAGGACCUCUAAAAGUGCCAAUUUGUCUCA